AAGUCCUGCUCCACCAAACAAAUCAAUCAAACGAGAAACGAUCCAUUCAAGAUGCUUUCUACAAUCAGAUGUUUGCGCACGCAGAUGAGCCCCACGAGAACGACUGUCACCGCUACCUCAUUCUCGUUCGCGAGUAGGCAGCUGGCGACGAUUCAUCAUCAGCAGCAGCCUUAUGACACCAUGAACAUUCCGCCUGCGCCGCCACGAGUUGCUACUUAUCCCUCUCAACCAACACCAACACCAUCCCCUACUACCACAUUCGCGACUGCAGCGGCGGCGGCGGCUCCUGCACAGACGGAGGCGGCACCAGUACCCGCACCGAGGAAGAGACCAAUCCUCCGCGCCCGCAAAGCAGCAAUGUCCCUCACCCCCAAAGCUAUCGAAAAACUCCGCACCCUCCUUCAAACCCGCGGUACCCUCGUCAAAGUCGGUGUCAAGAACAAGGGUUGCGCAGGCAUGUCCUACGACCUCUCCUACGUCACCACGCCUCACCCCUUUGACGAGUCAGUCUCUGUCGAUGGUGUCACGGUGUUGAUUGAUAACAAGGCGCUUAUGAGCAUUAUUGGGAGUGAGAUGGAUUGGGUUGAGGACCGGUUGAGUGCGAGGUUCGUCUUUAGGAAUCCGAAUGUGAAGGAUACUUGUGGGUGUGGGGAGUCGUUCAAUGUUGGGAGGGAUGAUUUGGCGGCGAUGAAGAACUCUAAGAGAGUAUAAGGCGUGAUCAGAAGGCUUCAUGAUCGACGAAGGAGGUUUUCGGUCUUUUCAGAUGCGUGGAAGGUGAAGGAUGGACAAGAAUACGUUGUUUUUGUUUGCACUGGGUUUAACAUCAUAUCAUUGGCGUUAUGGGGUUUUUUAUUGCUGUUACGGCUGGUAUGGGU